UUUGUAUACACUUAUUUCGGAAAAAUUUCUUUCAAUUUCAAUUAUUUUUAAGGAAAUAAUUAUUAACAUGUACUUAGCCUUAUUUGUCCUGCUAUAAAGUUCUAAAUAAAUGACAGUGCAAACAUGGAAAACAAUGAAAUAUCAAUGCUGAUGGAUGUUAAGCUCGACAUACACGACAAGCGGCCCGAGUCAAUACAGUUUAAGACUUGGUCCAAAUGCCAAGUAAAAAUUGAAGCAAUCAAAUGUCUUCCUUGCUUUCUGCGCAUCACUUUCUCGAAAAUGAUCGAAGAUGAUGAUGAUGACACGGAUACAGUUGAGCAAAAGCACCUGAGUGUUUCCAUAAAUGUACCUGGCGUUACAAUCAGUCUUGCAGAAUCUCGCACGAAACAGUACUCAUAUGGGCUUUUCUGGACACACAACCGACGUGCUUGCUUUAUAUAUUUUGCUUUAGAAACAGAGGCAAGCUGUCGUCGCCACAUGAAAUGGAUCAAAAAGUCAAUUAAAAAUCUGGAACUACAUCGGCAAAUAUUUCUUGAACAGCGUCGUAACAGUAGAGGCCCAGGUAGAUUCGUAACGCAAAGUGCAUUAAAAGACAAACAAGAAAUGCCACAACACGAUGUUGAAAAUAAAUUUUUAAAAAAAGACGUUAGAGCUUCAAAAACAAGUCUUGGUCCUUUACCUAAUAUACCUGAUGGAUUUGACAAUAGCAGCUCAUGGUCUCGGCGCGUUUCUCGUGUCUCCGAAAUAUAUGAGGAAAUAUUCGAAGGUAUGCAACAAACUGAUUCUGCACGUUCAUCCAGACGUUUUUCACGCACUUCCAUCGCUUCGGGCAUUUACGAAGAAAUGAAGCCUUCUGCAGCUAAUUUUAAUGCUAUUGUAGAAGAAGCAUUGGAGUUAGCUCCACCAUUACCACCACUACCACCACCCCGUAAACGUAUAAACACUUUUGAAGCAGAAGCCCAAUGUGACGUAGCAGAACUUGUACGUUGCAAUACUAAUCCUGAAUCGGAUUUGAUAAAAAAGAAAAAGUAUAAAAAUAUGUUGGAUAACAUUUUUGGUAGUGUGCGUUCAAAACGUGCAGGCAGUGUAAGUGAAAGUCAGGUCAGCACUGUUGAUGAUCUCAAAGGUAGUACUACUCCGGACAUAUUACAAAGGAAUUGUGUUACCACAACCAGCACAUUGCCGAUGUACUCGAAUGAAGUAAUCACGGUAAAGAGGUCACGAAAAUUACAUAAAACUGGGAUUGACUUAGCAAACUCAAAACGGAACAGUUUCUCAAGUCCAGAUUUAUCUAAAAUUAACUUUUUAGACACAUUCGAUGAAGAAAAGGUAGCAGAUUUACUAUUAAAUUCGUUUCUUAAUAGUGAUGAGUUGGAUUUAAGUACGGCUAGCCUCGACGAUUCAGCCAUACUGCCAAAUAGAAGCAGAAAAGUGGAAGUAGCAAAACUAUUCACACAAGCUGACAAAACAAAAGCUGAUUCAAUGGUGAGCCUUAAUAUAUCCGAGAAAUUACCCAAUAAUUUUAAUUUUUCCGCCUGCAACUCAUCAAAAAUGAACUUGAUUGGUGCUAACGGUGCCGUGAGGUUGCCACAAAUCAAAACAAAUAAAAUAAUUAUUGAUGAUUUAACUGGGUACUGUUUCAUGGCACCAAUUAUGAAAAAAUUGAACGAUAACACAUAUACACAUAUGUUGGCACAACCAUUGUUUAGUACUGAAUCCACGUCUUCGGGUUAUUGUUCUUCUACAUCAACUUGCACAACAUCACAAGACGAUCAGUACCACGAGCCCACAUUAAAGAAUCGCGAAAAUUUAGCAGUACCUGAAGAAAGUACAAUUUAUGAAAAUAUGCAGGGUUCCUUGAAUUCCACUAACUCGAAUGCGCUGUCAUUAACCAACUCGCCAAAUUUAAGUGUAGAUUUCACCAAAAAUCUGUAUGAGAACUUGCUUACGGUAAAAGCAGCUCAAGAAUUAGAGCAACCUUCAACUGGUUUAAGCACGAGUACACCCACUGACUCACCGUUAACGCAGACUACGCCAGAAAUCACACCGGUUAUGGCCGAAGAGGAAAAUUAUUAUCAAACCCCACGCAAAUCUAUUAUAAGUAUUGAUGACAAAGUACCGUCCUAUUAUCCAAAUAGUUGUGAUACUGUAAAAAUGCGCCGUCAAAGUCCCUUAAAGGACACACCUAAUUCUAGUUCAAGUGAGAAAUCUGCCAAUGGGCUUAGCUUACGCCAUUUAGUCAAUAUGAAAUUGCAUCGCGAACGAAAGGAAAACCUUUACAUAUCUUCGCCUCAGAAAAUCAUUGAACAACGACAAAAACCAAUAACAAACAUAUCACCUGUGACUUCACUAAAACAGAAAUCGAAUAAAACUCAGAAGCCGAAAAAGACUGGUGUACACAAAUUAUCAGAAAAUGUUUAUACAGUGAAGCAUACCAGCAGAAAAUUGAUUAGUAAUAAUAAUAACGAUGAGGCGAAUGAGGCAAAUGGUUUGACGGAAGAAAUGAAAGAGAAAUUGCAGUAUGAACUUCUACAUUUGGCUAUGCUGCAGAACAUUGAUUUCAAAUUUGAUGAUGGCAUUUCACAAGCAAUUCAAACUCCAACAACAACUACAUGUGCCAAACAGAAACCAGAUCAGGAGUCUGAAAAUUAUUCGCAGUCCAUAAAUAAAGUUUCGGACUUUGUUAAAAAAUGUGUUACACCUACGGGCACAAAUACACCAACUCAGACCGCACAACAUUGUUUACAGCAGAGCCAGGAAUCGAAUACGAAAAAUCAUACUCCCAACAGAAACACUGAAGCCACUGCAGAUAUUAUGACGCAAUCAAAAGUCGAGAGCUCCAGUAGUGACUUGCAUUUCAGUGCUAUGAGAAAAUUCGCUUCACUGCCGCGUUUCAAAAAGAUUGAUUUGUCUCCACUGAAGCUUAAAAUCAAUAACGUCUUGCAGCGGAGUCAGCAUCACGAGUUCUGAUUUUUAAUACUUCUAGGCUUUGGCUUUAAGUUUCACGUAUUUAGUGUAAGUAAAAUGAAUUUUUAAAUAAUUUGCCAUAAUAUUUGAUAUACGCACUUGCUUAAAGCUAAUUUAAUCGUUUAUCUUUAAUCCUCACACUAUAUGUAU